AUAUAUAACUAACUGUUAUAACACAAAGAUGGAAAGUUUCUUAAGUAUAUGUUUUACAGCUUGUUGCCUCGUGAUACAUGGCGUUAAAUGUGGAGAAACUUUGGCACAAAAUGUGAAUGGAAAGGAAACAAUUUUAACAAGCGAGGUCAAGGUAUAUAUCAACAGUAUUGUUUCUGAUUACGUUCACAAGCAGAAUGAAGACAUUGACCAACUGAAAGCGAUUGUUUUCUCACAAGGAAUAAAAAUAGCUGAACUAGAAAAGGAAACGCUUGCAUAUCAAAAUGUUGUUUCAAAGUUAGAAACCAGGCUUGCAUUUCUAGAAGCGAACAGUGACAAUACGCAAUCCGAAAACGAAAAUGAGUUUUACGAAGACGGAUCUGAAAAGGAUGUUAAAAUAAGAGAUAAAGGGACAGAUCGAAACGGAAAACCCAAAUUCCUUCGUCGAAUAAGAAGAGCAACCGUUGAAUCUGGGGUAGCGUUUUCCGCAUCUAUGACCGUAGAUGAAAACAAUGUUGGUGAAAAACAAGAUAUAGUAUUCAAUCAUGUGAUAACCAACGUCGGGAAUGCAUACAACAAUCACCAUGGUACUUUUAUAGCACCAGUGACCGGAACCUACGUAUUUUAUUUCUCCUUGCAUAGCCCAGGUGCAAGAGCAGAUCUAGUAUUGAACGGGUCUGCUGUAGCUAAUCUUUAUAUAGGAAAUGAUCAGGCAUCCCAGCUGGCAAUUCUGAACGUUAACGCCGGCGACGAUGUUUCAGUUCAAAAUCUGGUAGCAGGUAAACAAUAUUGGGGAAGUGGCUACAGUACAUUUAGCGGCUUCCUCUUGUACGAAGGAACGACUUCGACCCAGAUAGUUGGUUAAUCUGUAUAAAUACCUGAUCGUACUUUCUGUAGAGUUGUGUGUUGACAAGAACAUGUAUGUUUACAUCAAAAUUAAAGAAAUACAAACAAA